AUGUCAAUAAUAAAUCUUCAAUUAGCUCUUGAUGCUCUCGAAUCCGGUAAUCUACAAUUUGGUAUUGAAACUCUUCAAACUAUUGCUAAAACUGGAACAAAUGCAGCAGCAUUAUAUAAUCUUGGUAUUCGUUAUGAACGAGGUAUUGGUGUUGAACAAGAUCGAGCUAAAGUAAAUAAUUUAAUUGAAAACCAUGAUGAUAAACAAGAUCAUUAUGAUUCAAUUAAUCAUGAUAUUCAAUUGGCAGAGAUUAAAAUAAAUGAACUUGAGCAUCUUCGAUUAACGGUGCAUAAAUUGCCUAUUGAUGGUCAUCUGAUUGUUCGACGACAUUUAUUUCCUCUGCCUCAUCCUUGCAGGUAA